AUGCCCAGAGGUCCCCACGCACGCUCUCAUGUACCAGGAAGAAUUCCGAAGCCUCGCGCAAAGGUCAUCCCGCUGUAUACGUCGCGUUUGGGGAAUAAGUCGCUCAGAGAGCAGAUGGGUAUCAGCGAAGCAAAAUUUGAACAAUUCCUAGAUAUUGUCCGCGUCUGCGCGAGCAUUCAUUUAGAUCACUCUAAACGUAUAACCUGCCAAGAAGAGCAUGACUUGGCAAAUCAUUACGAUGAGGUCAAGCUGAGAUGGCCAGAUUCUGAGCGCUACCUUGAUAUGUGGCCGGUCCACAUUUUCACUCAGAAGUACCUCGCCCAGCAUGUUCAGGCAACUGAACGGUCCGCUAAUCGGUCGAAGGCUCAGUGCGCGAGGACUGCAGGCAUCAGCCGAAAGGCUACUUCCAUGGUCGCUCGUCCAAUCACGCCCAACCGGGAGCGGGUGCGUAAGAUGCGGUCGCAGAGCAACUUGGAAGUCGGAGCCGUGACCUCCAAGGUCGCGGCUCCGACUUCAAGUGUCUCCGCAGUGUCGCGCAGGACGGUUAGCUCGCAGGUGACGACUUCGACAAAUAUGUCGCAGGCCUGCUCCUCGUCGAGCUCCCGCCUGCCAACCUCCACGGCUAUGUCCGUCACAUUGCGAGGCGAACCCUGUUCAUCCGCAAGGAUGCAUGGCGAGGAACUCAACCGCAUGGAAGAAUUGUACAAGUUCCUCUCGUCACUGAAGCUCCCGUUGGGACAUUUAUUGCUCCGCUUCGUUUCCUCAGGGAUUGAGGAUAUGACUCGACUGUGUAUCCUGGCGAGCCAGUUUGACUGGGAGCACUUUAUUGAGCAUCACAUUACGAACAAGCCCUUCGAACUGUUGGUUCUGAAGGAUGGAUUUGCUCAGCUCACCAUGCAGAAUUGA